ACACAGCCACAGCGAGUGACGUCACACCAGCGUAAUGGGCACCAGUUUUAUCGAAUGGUGUUGAAUGGGUGACAGUACGGUCGGCCUUACAGUCACUUUUGCCCCAUUUCCCUAUGCACUACUGGGACCUAUUGGUGAGGUGAGACGGGGCUUGUGAGCACCUGAGCAGAGAGAACACGGGCGAUGUUCACGGGCAGCCUUAAAGUGAAAAUAUGCGAAGCUACCGAUCUCCGCCUUACCGACUGUAUGACCCGCUAUGUCGGAGUAGCAGGGGUAGGAAAAGGUCCUCAAGACCAAACCCUGGAUCCUUACGUGACGCUGGAGGUGGACGAGGUACACUGGACCAAGACGCAGGCCCGACAGAAGACCUUUACGCCCAUAUGGAACGAGAGCUUUGAGCAAGACGUGAUGGGCGCCGUCCAGCUCGGCCUCAAGAUCUUCCAUGACUCCGCGGUCGGCAACGAUGACUUCGUGGCCGACGCUUCCUUGCUCUUCGAGGAAAUAUGUGCCGAGAACCAGACCCAUGCCGACAUCUGGGUGGACUUAGAACCUCAGGGGAAGCUACAUGUGGUGAUUGAACUAAAAUGGGCACCACCAGAAGAUGGAGGCGUCCGCCCACGAGAAUUCAGGGAACGGCAGGGCUUCAACCGGCGACGAGGUGCCAUGAGGAGGCGGGUUCAUCAGGUAUGUGGCCCUAAAGAAGGCCAAAUCAUGGGUACUUCCUACGGCAACCCACUUCUGCUCCAUUGUCGGAAAACAUAUGGGGUCUGGGAAAAAAGAUUCAAUGUCAGUAUGUACUUGCGUGUCCAAAAAGCUGUCACCAUCGGUUGUCCAGAUGUCCCGGAAACAAGAGUGGCCAUCAAAGAGGAAACCUUUAUCCGUGUCAAGAAAAUUACUAGAUCAUACUAUAUCACAAUCAAGGUGAAGCAGGUGAUUAGCAGGCCAGAAGCUUAUUGCUUUACCACUUGUCAUUUCAUGUUGCAUUGUGACCUAUUAUUAUCUUUUGAUUUACAGGGAAGUUGUCAACCGCGAUUCAACGUCAAUGUGCCACAUCGGUUUUCUGUUCACUCCUACAAACGGUUCACAUUCUGUGACCAUUGUGGCUCAUUACUUUAUGGCCUUAUUCGUCAGGGUCUCCAAUGUGAAGUAUGCAACAUGAAUGUUCACAAGAGAUGCCAAAAGAAUGUAGCCAACAAUUGUGGGAUAGACGUAAAACAGUUAUCAGAAAUUCUAGCCACCAUGGGUAUACGGCCUCAAGAUGAAGCAGCCAAACGCAAGAAGAAGUCUGUUAGUGAGACUAAGUUAUCAUCGGCCACCGCCCCUGUUAGUGUCCCAGGAAUCAUCGGAGAAGUGGAAGUCCCAGGUGAAAUGAAUGAGGAAGAGCUAAGACUAAGGAUUGAAGCUCAGCGUAUCAUGGACAAGAAGAUGAAGGAACGCUGUGCAGAAGAAGGACUAGAUGCCAAGUCGAAGCCACAUGAUACUUCUUUAGAUGUUAUGCUUGGUGGGAAGAAGGUAGACCUGGAUGACUUCUCAUUCAUUAAAGUACUUGGCAAAGGAAGUUUUGGAAAAGUAAUGCUAGCUGAACUUAAAGGGACAGAUGAAGUCUAUGCCAUCAAGGUGCUUAAGAAAGACGUGAUCCUACAAGAUGAUGAUGUAGAAUGUACAAUGACUGAGCGGCGGAUCUUAGCGAUGGCUGCACACCACCCCUUCCUCACUGCCCUCCACUCUUGCUUUCAAACCAAGGAUCGAUUAUUCUUUGUUAUGGAGUAUGUUAAUGGUGGCGACCUAAUGUUCCAAAUUCAGAAGGCUCGCAAGUUCACAGAGUCACGUGCAAGAUUUUAUGCAGCUGAGGUCACGUUGGCCUUACAGUUCCUCCAUAAAAAUGGUGUUAUUUACAGAGAUUUGAAAUUAGAUAAUAUUCUACUAGACAGUGAAGGACAUUGUAAAAUAGCUGAUUUUGGUAUGUGUAAGGAAGGCAUCAGGGAUAAUAUUACAACAACCACCUUCUGUGGAACACCCGAUUACAUUGCACCAGAGAUUCUUAAAGAGUUGGAUUAUGGUGCCAGUGUUGAUUGGUGGGCACUAGGAGUUCUCAUGUAUGAAAUGAUGGCAGGACAGCCACCAUUUGAGGCUGAUAAUGAAGAUGAUCUCUUUGAGUCCAUCCUGCAUGAAGAAGUUUUGUAUCCAGUGUGGCUUUCAAAGGAAGCAGUUUCUAUACUGAAAGGGUUUAUGACAAAGGAACCAUCCAAGCGGUUGGGCUGCGUUGCAGAGCGAGGAGGAGAAUUGGCAAUUCGUAACCACAAAUUCUUCCGAGAGAUAGACUGGGAGGCCCUUGAGCAGCGCAAAGUUAAACCACCAUUUACACCUAAGAUAAAAGGACGUAAGGAUACAGUCAACUUUGAUGCAGAAUUUACCAAGGAAGAGCCAACUCUCACCUUUAUUAAUGAAGAAGUUGUUCGUGCUAUCAACCAAGACGAGUUUAGAGGAUUUUCUUUCGUUAAUCGUGAAUUUAAGUCCAUGGCGGCUGCACCAUGUCAAACCUAAGUGCAAAUGCAGCACAGUACAAAGUGCUAAAGUCUCCCCAGGAAACUUGAUGUGCAGACUAUAUGAGAGGAUUCUUUAGGGAAGAAGGCAGAUGAAGGAAGGGAAAAAAUAAUGAGUAAUAGUAGGAAAGAUUUCAAUUUUGACUGCACAAAGAGUUGAAUGUCUCAACAAGCACAACUGAGAAUGGCUGUAUUGUGAUUAACAUUGUAUAUCUAAUAAUACUCUUUAUGAUGGAUUUUUUCAUUAUUAUUAUAGUUUUUUUUGCAAAAGAUUCUAAUGUGGAAGAUCUCUGAAUUUAUAAGUUACAAUAUUUUUAAAUAUAGAUAUAUUUCAUGAUGGAAAGAUAUUACAUGGGAGAGUUGUAGAGAGAUUUUUUUUAAAUUGAAGAUAGUAUUUAUAUAGUGUUGUUCUGUAAAUGCAUGAUGCAUUUGGAAUAUGAUAGGAAGAUACAAAAGUUCGUAAAGAAUUUUACAAAGAAUGAUUCUAAUGUUUAUUUAUUUUUUACUGACUUCUUUCAGUGUAUUGUUAGGGAAAAUUGCCAACUUUUGAACUUCCAGUUCUGGAGGUUUAAAGGAUAUAUAUUGCAUUUUAAUGCAGUAAGCACUUACUAUAGAUAAUCAACCUAUGAGGCUCAUGAUUUAGCACAUUUAAAGAAAGAGAAAAGGAAGUGAAAUUGAAAGUUAUAACCUUUGACUAAAAUUGCUUGUCCAGUUAUGGUACCAGAUGAUUCCAAAAGGCUAGUAAGAAGUGCACAAAAGAUAACUAGCAUCAGGAUAAUAUUUAAUGUCUGGCAGUGGAAAGAAACUUGGAUGCAGGUAUGGGGGAGACCAGAUGUAGGACCAUACAACUCAUAUUAACUUUUGGCCCUCUUUUGUAUUGUUUCUAGAUCACUCAGUCACAUAAACAUACACUCAUGUACACUCACAUGCUAUAACACACUCACAAUCAAACAAGCGCAUAAAAAUAUUUUAUAUUCGUGAAGUGGUGGAAGCCCUCCUCGUAUACUUAUGGUGCAAUAUGCCAAAGAAAAUGGGCUUGACAAGUCCUUAUUAAUGUGCAUCAAUCACAAGUGUUUAGAUUAUACUUAAUAAGUUGCCAGGUGUUUUGCAGUCCAAUAUGAAAACAGAUGUUUGUUUGUAUAAGACUGUAUGCUUCCAGUUCUGGAUUUAGUGGUAUUCAGGGUUGUCUAAUGUAUGGAAUCAUUUCUCCCCCACAACAUUUGGUCUUUCCCAUCAUGCAUUCUUAACCUUAGUGACUCUUAUCUACGCACAAUUUACAGGCAAGUGGCAAGAUCAGCUUUUUUUGAGUCAUUGGUGGCAUUUCAGUAAGUUUACUUUUCCCCCCACCUAAGUUAUGAAAUGGGAAAUUAUUGCUUAUUAGACGCUCACCAACCAGGUUCAAUGUAGCUGUUCUGAUCACAGCUCUGUACUACAGACAUCCAGGUAGUGGAUAAACUAUACUAUUGUAGCCAAUGUGGUAAUGUGCUUUUAUAGUUCUCAAAUGGCAUACAUUUAUUGUGUGUCUUCUCUUCUUCCUCAGCAGAUUAAAAGAAAAAAAAAAAGGGCAAGAUCGUUGUUAAAAAACGUACCCUAAAAACUUGAAUGAUAUGAAUAAGGUUCAAGUCAGAACUACAUAAGGUCCACAGUUUAUUGACCUACAUAUUGAGCUUAGACCAGUAUUGCAUUUCAUAGAAAGGAUAAAUAAGUUUUCCAUCAUAUUCAUGACCAUAAGAGGGAAGC